AUGGAUAACCCCCUGUUCGACCUAAUUGUGGGGAACAUCGACGGAGCGCGAAGGCUGAACGAUCCAGAACGUUUGGGAAAAGACCCGAAGAUGGAGCCCUUGUCAGCUCGGGAACCGCGAAGAGAAGGAACAGCGGAAGAGAAUCCCAUGAAAGAGGUCGCCCGAGCUCAAGAUGAAGCCGAGGUGUUGGAGGAAGUCAAUCAGGAGGCACCAACGGUCACUGUACCGCUUGGGAAAACAUGCCGUGCAGGUAAUGUUGCAACCAAGCGGCUGCCAUCACCUGUGAGUGAAGUGAUGAUGAAGUCGGUCGCCAGGUGCAACCCCACGGGGUCGCACUCCCGACAGUCUAGUGGGGGCUUGGCAGCUUCAGGGCCAUUCACUCGUCCAACAACUACGGAUGCCGAGAAUCCACAUCUGGGACGCCGUCACCGCUGCACCUUCUGCGACUAUGAGACUGAUCGUUCGUCCCACUUGAAAGAGCACAUAAGAGUUCAUUCAGCAUCGAGAUCUUUCAGCCAAGCGGAAACCGCAGAUGCUGAGAAGCUGCAUCUGGGGCACUGCCACCAUUACCACCACUGUGACUUCUGCGACUACAAGACUGAUAACAUCUCCAACCUGAAACGACACAACAGGAUUCAUACAGGCGAGCGUCCAUAUAAGUGCCACCUGUGUCCUCAGAGAUUCUCGCUACUCACCACACUGAAGAACCACGUGCGCACCCACACAGGCGAGCGGCCAUAUCAAUGCCCUUCGUGCCCCCAGACGUUUAAGCAGAGUGGACACCUCAGAUCGCACGUGCGUCAGCAUGAACGCCAGUGA